UUUAAAAAACAUGUCAAUUACAAAACUUCAUUUUCAAAUCAGCUGGAACGUAAUGGAACAAGUAAUGUUACGGCUUGGUUCAGGAAUCCCAAAUUUGCAAAAUGAAAUUCUUACGUUAAGAGAUAAGAGUAUAGACCCAGCUAAAGAAAAAGAAUAUCAGAAAAUAAUUAAAGAGUGGGAAGAGACGGAUAUGAUAAUUCAAAAACACAUAGAUGAAAUCAAUUCAAAACUCGAAAAGACCGGUGAAGACAUUGACAAAGUAAAACAAGAUCUAGAAAAUACAAAUCAAAAAUCAACAGAUGUUUGUAAUACAGUUGCUUUUCACGAGAAAAAGAUAGAGACUAUUGAAAACAAACAAAUAGAAGAAACAACACGUAUUGAUCAACUUGAUGAUGAAUCGUUGCAACAAAGAACACAACUAUCUGUAAUGGAGUCAAGACAAAAGAAACUAGAACAAGACAUGAAGGACACAAGUAUAACAUUAACUACAAUGGCGAAAAGCAAGUUGCAUCCUCGACUUCAAAACCUUGCAACUAUUACGGAACUUUACACCGAAGAUCAAGAUCGUGACAAUGUGUAUGUUGAAACAACAGCACACAAGAAUGCAAAGGAAAUAUUACUUAAAACGGGCUGCAUUAUACUAAUUGGACCUCCAGGAGAGGGAAAGACAACUAUGGCUGCGAAGUUGUUAUCUGAAACAUCUCAAAAAGGUUCCUGUCUAAAGCUUACCUUGCCAACAGAUUGGGAUAAUAUUGACAUCAACAAAGGGAUGUUUGAUACAAUUUUCAUUGAUGAUAUAUUUGGCGCUGGAACACUGGAUGAAAACCUCUUAAAUGGCUGGUCACUACGUUGCAAAGAUAUGGAAAAGGCUUUAAAAGCGAGAAUGAUUAGAUUAAUUAUAACCUCUCGACAUUACAUUUAUUUCAAAGCAAAAAUGAAAGUUCAAAAAUGCACUAUAUUCAAACUUGAGAAUAUCCAGCCUCUUGCAUCGUUUAAUCUUACUUCUUCAGAAAGAAGUGCCAUUAUCACAAAACACGUAGACAAUGCUGAUAAAGUGUUAAGUACUAAAGAAAUAGAACAAUGCAGUCAAACGUAUGAAAAAUCAUUCACUUUCUCAAGAAAUCAGUACAAAAUACCAAUUGCCUUAAGUGGCUACCUUUCUCAAAAAGGGCAAAUCAAAGCAAUGAUUGGAUUUCCUGAAAUUGUUUCAUUGUUUUGUCACAAUGAAACGUUAUUUAACUUGAGAUCUUACUUCUUUUCGAAACCGAAUUUGUUUUUUAAGAAGUGUCUCGGAGAGCCAAUUUGGACGAAGAACAGUUUCUUGUUUUAAUUCUUAUUUGGACUAGACCAAACAAACAG